GCAGAGCUGCUAUUGAAGGACUAAUCGCUAAUCUCUUCGUUAAUGCGGUCAAUCUGUCUGUGUACUAACAUAAAUUACUAAGAAGCCUCAAGACAGGGACAUGCGAGUUGGUGUGCACCAGGGACUCGUAGUUGGUGUGUGAGUUUGCGCGAGUGUGAAACUUUACACAGAAGUUGGAGUUGGCUUUUCUGUUCAGGCUUGACUGAGGAAAAGUGUAUUUUUGCCGUACGCAUGCGUUUGGUGUGUAUUGCAGCCAAACUGAACAGUGGAGGAUGUACAUGAUUGAGUAAAUAUCUGCAUUUUAGCUUAACUUUCGAGGGAUUGUGGAAUUUAAGGCAGUUGAAACCCUGUGUGUAUUGGUAGGCUUACUUUUCAAGAGUUUGGGCUUUGGUUUGGGGUUGUCAGUGUCUGUGAAAGGAGCAGUGUGUGUUUGAGUUUGUGCGUUUGUGGGCUGUUGUGUGUUUGUUUGCCUGCCAUGCCCUUGCCUGCGCCUGAUGUCCCGACCUCUCAGAGGCUGGCACUGGACUGUCGUACCCUUCUGGACCAUCGCGUUGGCAAGGGGGUUUGUGGUUGUUGCGGGGCGCUCAGGCCUCGGUACAAGAGACUGGUAGACAACAUCUUCCCAGAAGACCCAGAGGAUGGGCUGGUGAAGGCCAACAUGGAGAAGCUGACAUUCUACGCCCUGUCAGCUCCAGAGAAGCUCGACCGUAUCGGAGCCUACCUGUCUGAGAGACUGUCGAGGGAUGUGGCCCGACACAGAUAUGGGUAUGUGUGCAUAGCCAUGGAAGCCCUGGACCAGCUGCUGAUGGCCUGCCACUGUCAGAGCAUCAACCUGUUUGUGGAGAGUUUCCUCAAGAUGGUGCGCAAGCUGCUAGAGUCAGACAAACCCAGCCUGCAGAUCCUAGGAACCAACUCUUUUGUGAAGUUUGCCAACAUAGAAGAAGAUACACCAUCGUACCACCGCAGUUACGACUUCUUUGUGUCACGCUUCAGCGAAAUGUGCCACUCUAGCUACGAGGACCCCGACAUCCGCACUAAGAUCCGCAUGGCAGGUAUCAAGGGCCUGCAGGGUGUAGUGAGGAAGACUGUGAAUGAUGAGCUUCAGGCCAAUAUCUGGGACCCCCAGCACAUGGACAAGAUUGUCCCCUCUCUGCUUUUCAACUUGCAGAGUGGAGAGCGCACAGAGAGCCGCUCCCCCUCUCCGCUGCAGGCAUCGGAGAAGGAGAAGGAAAGCCCGGUGGAUCUGACGGAGCGCUGCUUCAGGGAGCUCCUGGGACGAGCUGCCUAUGGCAACAUCAAGAACGCCGUCACGCCCGUGCUGAUGCACUUAGAUAACCACUCUCUAUGGGAGGGGAAGACCUUUGCAGUGCGUUGCUUCAAAAUCAUCAUGUACUCUAUUCAGUCCCAGCACUCUCACUUAGUAAUCCAGCAGCUUCUCGGUCACCUGGAUGCUAACAGCAAGAAUUCAGCCACAGUGCGAGCUGGGAUAGUGGAGGUUUUGCUGGAGGCAGCCGCCAUUGCAGCCAGCGGGUCUGUAGGUCCUACAGUUUUGGAGGUGUUUAACACCCUGCUGCGGCAACUCCGUCUGAGUGUGGACUAUGAGCUGACUGGCUCCUAUGACGGCAGCACCAACAUUGGCACCAAGAUCAUCAAAGCUCAUGAGGAGAGGCAGCUGCAGGAGGCUGUCAUCAGGACCAUCGGUUCAUUUGCCAACACUCUACCAACAUACCAGAGGUCAGAGGUCAUGCUCUUCAUCAUGGGAAAGAUUCCUGUCCCUGGAGUUCACCCAGCUCUGCCCUCAACAGGCUCUGGGCCUGAGAGUACCAGGAUGAUCCAGAUCAUGUUACUUAAGUCUUUGGUCCAGGUGACAGCAGGUUUCCAGACCACCAACAUGCUGACAGCACUGCCCAGCUCUUUCCUUGAGCCGCUGCUAUCCUUCUCUCUAACGGAGGAUCCAGAGGUCCGGCUGCUGGUGCUCCAAAUCCUCCUCAGUCUCAUCGACAGGCACGACAACACACCCAAGUUCUCCAACAUAAGCAUCAUCUCAGACAUCUCUGUGCUGAAGCUCAAAGUUGACAAGUGUUCCAGGCAAGACAACUUGUUCAUGAAAAAGCAUGGCCAGCAGCUGUACCGACACAUUUAUUUGGGCUGUAAGGAGGAGAGCAGCGGUCGGCUGCACUACGAGACCCUCUUUGCUCUGCUGGGUCUUCUCAGUGUGGAGCUGGCCAACGAAGAGGUGGUGGUGGACCUAAUUCGCCUGGCACUCGCCUUGCAGGACCUGGCUCUGUCCACCGACGAGGCUAUGCCUGUUUUUAACCGCUGUGCUGUUCAUGCCCUCGCCGCCGCCUACCUCAAUCUCAUCUGCCAGCUCACCACCGUCCCAGCCUUCUGCCAGCACAUACACGAGGUAAUUGAAGUGAGACAGAAAGAAAGUCCCUACCUUUUGCCUGAGGAUGUCUUCAUUGAUAAUCCCAAGCUGCCUUCUUCACUGGAGAAGGUGGAAGGGGGUGUUUUGUUCCUCCAGUCAAAGAUCACUGAAGUCCUUGGGGGUAGUGGUUAUAACACAGAGAGACUGGCUACGCCUUACAUCCCCCAGUACACUGAUGAGGACCGUCUGUCCAAGAGAAAGAGUAUUGGGGAGACCAUCUCACUGCAGGUGGAGGUGGAGUCCAGAAACAGUCCAGAGAAAGAGGAGAGGACACCAGCAGAGGAGAUCACAUUUGAAACCCUGAAAAAUGCCAUCGUGGACAGUGUGGGUAUGGAGGAGCAGGAGAGGGAGCGAAGGAGACAAGUGGUGGAGAAGUUUCAGAAGGCCCCCUUCGAGGAGAUAGCUGCCCACUGCGGUGCCAGGGCCACCCUACUGCAGAGCAAACUCAAUCAGAUCUUUGAGAUUACAAUCAGACCCCCGCCCAGCCCAUCUGGAACCAUCUCAUCAGGUUACGGCCAAAGCCAGAGUCGAUCUGUCCCCAUCUACGAGAUGAAGUUUCCUGACCUUUGUGUGUACUAGAACAGAAAGUCCACAGUGAAGUUACAGAACUAUUUUGACGGAUCUUCACUGUAAAAGCAUCUUGAUCAUGGCAUCAAACAACCAUGGAUGAGGAGAAAACUACAGCUGUUUGAAGCCAACUUAAAGAACAAGCCACUUGUUUAUUAACUUAGCUUUCUGAAAUGACAAUUCUUUUUGCCCUGUGAUCGCAGCCAAAACAAGCUGGCUAAUGUCAAUAAAUGCCGCAGUAAAACAAAAUUUAAUUUAACUUAUUCCCCCUCAGUUCUCCUAACAGUAGAUGUCUGUAGAAACUCCACUGGCUGGAUUUUCAAAUUAGAAAUGGCCAAGAACUGUGAGGAAAUGAGAGACUGAAAGUUAUUUUAUUGGCUUUAGAAUGAAUUGACUCGUUGCAUGCCCUGUAACUGGACAUUUUUAAUAGCACUGCAAUUCUUUUGACCUGUUUUCCCCUUGAAGGGUGCCAUACUACCCUUUAUCACAAAUUAGAUUGACCAUUAUAUUCAUCUUGCCAUUGUAUGCUUUUAUUUGUUUUAUUAUUCGUUGAUUUUAUGGCCAGGAAAGAGUGUAUGUGUAUUAGAUUUUACUUGACAGUGUAUCUUUGCGUAUGUUUGACUGAAAUAUGGAUGGAUAUAUACAAAUUUAAUUCUUGCCAUUUCCCAUAUUACAAUUGAAUGUCUUGUCCUUUUUUUUGUUAUUCCUUUUUAAUAAUAGCCAAAAGUGCUUUUUUCUUUCAUGACAGGCAUUCAUUUCCUGCACCUAUUUUUUUUUUCUAAUUAAUUCUUUGUUUUUAAGCAGCGGUUUAAAUGAAAGAUAACUGUCCAUCUGUGUGCUGUCCUCCCAAAGUGAGUGUGUCUUACAGGUGACUCAAGUCAAGACAUGCACAAAAACACACACUGCGCCACAGUCAAAGAUCUUUACCGUGAUGUUUACCAGAUCAAACACUAGAAGAUAACUAAGGAUCUUUUAUUUUUUUCUCCUUUCCAUAUAAAUGUGUACAUACAGAGAAAUAUAUAAAUCUUUAAGCUGAUGUACAGAGUAGGGAUGUUUUUGUGUGUGUGUGUGUGUGUGUGUGUAUAUAUACUGUAUAUUAACUCUAAUUUUAGACUGCCACUGCACUGAUUGUGUCCAUAGAUAAGGGAGGAAGCUACUUAGUUAGUAUUAGGAUACUUUUGUUAAAAUCUUGUCAAAUCAGUAACGAGCAAAACAUGAAAUCAAAUGAAGUGUAUUGACAAGGGUCUGAACAGCCCGCAGUUGAAAUCUUUAUCAUCUCAAGGCCAGUAGAUCACACUAGUGAAGUCUGAAUGCGUCCUGCUAAAGUAUUAGAGCCCAUCUGAUAGAAUCUUGGAAGAAAAUGGGUAAAACUUCAUUUCCAGCCACAGAUUUGGAGACAGGUUUUAGCACCACAGUGCUGACCUGUAUCGUUAUCAUUACAUCCUCCGUCUUUCUGGAAUGAGUCUGCACUCUGUUUUUUUUGCCAAGCUGUGCAUUCGUCUCAUUCAGCAACAUUUAAAUAAGUCUAAAAGCCAUUUUUUGUGUGCAUGAGUGCACACACAGGUAUGAAAACGAAGUAUAAUGGCAAUAAUUUGGCACUAGCCUGGCUAACACGGCCCAACCGUUGGUAGUUCAUCCUUUUGUGUGUUUUAGAUUGUGCUUUAUGUUGUGGUGGUGCUGUGAUGGGUCAGUUUCGUGAUGUUUGAUGAUGUUAAGAGACCGCCCCUCCCAUUCCUGCGCUUCUGUGAAUUGACCGCAUUGGGCGUGAAACGUGUUGCAGCCAUCCUGUUUAAUAUAAACGACAAAGUCUGGUUUGUCCCUGAUUGUCACGUGUUACAGUCCGGUUGGUUGUUUAUUUUAUUAGUUUUUAUAAUGUAGUGUCCUCUGUAUGUAUAUUUCUGUCCACACAUGCCAGUGUAUAUGAUUGUCUGUCCACCCUUUUUGUCAGUGCAGGUGCGUGUGUGUGAGUGAGUGUACUUGUUCAUGUGUGCAUAUGAACAUUCAUGCAGAUGUGUGUCUUUUAUCGUCAUUACCCAAGACCAAACUCUUCAAACACAGUUUACAGUUUUUGUCCAGUGACUCUUUCCACCACGUUCAUGAAGAGCAAGCUAUAUGAGAGCAAUGUGCAGCUGUCUGAACCUUCCAGUGACACCUUGUAAAACUGUCUUUUCAGCAUCUUGCAACUUUGCAGUGAAGACCUGUAAAUCUACAAGUGUGCUUGUUGUCAUUGCAUAGUGUAAUGUAAAAUUAACUGACGGUAAUCCAAUCUUACUUUUGUCAUUACAUGUCUGGUUAAUAGAUCUGUUUACAACGUAGUGCUGUAGGUCAAAUCUAUUCAUUCUGUGAACUUUGCACUUUAAAAACUGGAUUACCUAGUGACAAAGGCAGCUUUUACAUGG